AUGACUGCUUCAAAUAUCUUGACACUCCCACAAUUGCUGGCGCAAUAUUCCUCGAGUGUUUCCCAAAAUAAAGUGUUUUACACUACCCCCACAAAAAACAGUCGUUCAACCUUCAAAGGGCUUGAAUCUGCUGCAAUAGAUGCUACUCAUCUGUUGAAUAAUCACGAUCCAUUCAGUGGCAUCAAGACUCAACUUUCUAAGGACACUUUAACUACUGUCUUUACAGACGAAACUACUUUGGUCAAAUCCAUUCACCAUUUAUAUUCUCUACCUAACCAAUUUCCACUCGUGAUCACUGUGGAUUUGAACUUGCAAGAUUAUUCUGUGAUUCCUGCAUUAAAAGAUCUCUCUUUCCCCAUCUUGUUGUCGUCUGAUUUGCAAACUGCAAUCUCAAACACAGCUGCCUCAUACAAGAUUGCUACCGGCUCCCUAACUGCCGUUUUUCACUUUAUUAACUUGGCAAAGAUUGGUACGAGUACCGCUAUUGGACAAAAUAUCGAUGUUCCAACUUUAGAGAUUGCCAAUGAGGAAACUGAAGUACCAAGCUCAGAAGAGGUUUUGCCAUUAACAAAUUUUGAACUGGUAAAAGGCACAGACUCACCUGAUACUGCUAUCGUUAAUCUGUCACCAUAUGAUGAAGAAUUCAGCAAUGUAUUACCUUCAAAUGCAGCUUUGAUCAAGAUCAAAGCAUACAGACCAUGGAAUUUUUCCGACUUCUUGGAAAUAUUGCCAUCUUCCGUCACCAAGAUUGCUGUUUUACAAGGUGCCUCUACCAAAUCGCAAUCAAAUGAAUUUCAACCAUUACUUUUAGAUUUUUUCAGUAACUUCAAUGAAUUGGUAUCUAGGAGUAUCGACCAGGUGGUACUAACUAAUGUUGGUCUUGUAGACGAUUACCAAAGUGUUAUCAAUACUGUCAUAUCGAAUAUUAACAAGAAAGAACCUGAUGCCAAUCUGUUCUUGGGUAAACCCAAUGAAAACGCGGAGGACCAAGCUGAAAUCACUCAGUUAAUAUCCUCCGUCAAUAAGGUGUUAAAUUUAGAGGACGCUUACAUCAAGGUACUAAAACAGUUAUUUUCUUCAAAUCUGCAAAUUUUGAACCAAUUUUCAAGUGAGACAAUUGAACCAAGCAAUCCAGAAUUUGGUUUCGGACGCUUUUUGAAGCAAGAAACCAAACGUGAAGAACUGGUCAAUUUAGCAAAGAGCUCUCUCGAGCCAAGCCUAUACUUUUCUGAAGAUGCUAACAAAAUUGUUCAGUUGUUAUCUAAAUGGGUGUCAUUUCAUGAUCAGGAUCUUGAUGAAGCUCAAUUACAAGAAGCAAACUCGAUAGGUCAUGAAAUAUUUGAACUUUUACAAUCUAACCAAGAUUCCUCCACUGCUUUAAAAUUCUUAAAGAUUGCCCCUACAAGUGAUUCUUUUAUUUUUAAAUCAAGUUGGUUAAUUGGUUCAGAUGCUUGGUCUUACGAUUUGGGCCAUUCAGGUAUUCAACAAGUUCUGUCAUCUCGUAGGAACAUUAAUGUCUUAUUGAUCGAUUCAGAGCCAUAUGACCACAGAAAGCAGAACCAAGAUAGAAAGAAGGAUGUCGGGCUAUACGCCAUGAAUUAUUAUAGUGCUUAUGUUGCUUCCGUUGCCGUUUAUGCUUCGUACACACAACUAUUGACUGCUAUUAUCGAGGCGUCUAAAUAUAAUGGUCCUUCCAUUGUCUUGGCCUAUUUACCAUACAGUUCAGAAAACGACACUCCCCUAGAGGUCUUAAAGGAAACCAAAACCGCUGUCGAAUCUGGCUACUGGCCGUUGUAUAGAUUCAAUCCAAUCCAUGACGAUCCAUCAUCUGAUAAAGAGGCAUUCAGCUUGGAUUCCUCAGUUAUUAGGAAGCAAUUACAAGAUUUCUUGGAUCGUGAAAAUAAAUUAACUCUAUUAACCAAAAAGGAUCCUUCUUUAUCAAGAAACCUAAAGCAUUCUGCUGGCAAUGCAUUAACGAGAAAACAAGAAAAGAGAAGCAAGGCUGCCUUUGAUCAAUUAUUGGAAGGCUUGUCAGGACCACCAUUACAUGUCUAUUAUGCCUCAGAUGGUGGCAAUGCUGCAACCUUGGCAAAGAGAUUGGGAGCAAGAGCCUCUGCAAGAGGGUUGAAGGCUACCGUACUAUCCAUGGAUGACGUUAUUCUAGAGGAAUUACCUGGCGAAGAAAACGUAGUUUUUGUUACUUCUACUGCAGGGCAAGGUGAAUUUCCACAGGACGGUAAAUCUUUCUGGGAAGCUCUCAAGAAUGACACCACUCUGGAUUUAGCUACUUUAAACGUUGCUGUUUUCGGGUUGGGUGAUUCUGAAUACUGGCCACGUAAAGAAGAUAAGCAUUAUUUCAACAAGCCUUCGCAAGAUUUGUUCAAGCGCUUAGAGCUGUUGAGCGCCAAGACCUUGAUUCCUUUAGGUCUAGGUGAUGAUCAGGAUGCAGAUGGUUUCCAAACCGCUUAUUCUGAAUGGGAACCUAAAUUAUGGGAAGCUCUUGGUGUUUCUGGUGCUGCUGUUGAAGAUGAACCAAAACCCGUUACCAACGAAGAUAUUAAAAGAGAUUCCGAUUUCUUGAGAGGUACCAUCAGUGAAAAUUUAAAAGAUGAAUCCUCGGGUGGUGUUACUCAUUCUAAUGAACAAUUGAUGAAGUUCCACGGUAUCUAUACGCAAGACGAUCGUGACAUAAGAGACGUGCGUAAGUCUCAAGGCUUGGAACCAUACUAUAUGUUCAUGGCAAGAGCUCGUCUACCAGGUGGUAAAACUACUGCCCACCAAUGGCUUGCUUUAGAUCAUUUGUCUGACACCUCUGGUAAUGGUACUUUGAAAUUGACUACAAGAGCUACCUUCCAAAUUCAUGGUGUUUUGAAGAAAAACUUAAAACAUACCUUGAGAGGAAUGAAUGCCGUCUUAAUGGACACUUUAGCAGCUGCGGGUGAUGUAAACAGAAACGUCAUGGUUUCAGCUUUGCCAACCAAUGCUAAGGUUCACCAACAAAUCGCCGAUAUGGGGAAAUUGAUUUCUGAUUAUUUCUUGCCAAAGACCACAGCCUAUCAUGAAGUUUGGUUAGAAGGUCCAGAAGAGCAAGAUGAAGAUUCGUCAUGGCCAUCCAUCUUUGAAAAAAGAAAAGAUGGCCCAAGAAAGAAGAAGACUUUGGUUAGUGGUAACGCUUUGGUUGACAUUGAACCAAUAUAUGGUCCAACUUAUUUGCCAAGAAAGUUUAAAUUCAACAUCGCUGUUCCUCCUUACAACGAUGUCGAUGUCUUAUCUAUUGAUGUCGGUUUAAUUGCUAUAGUUAACCCAGAAACUCAAAUCGUGGACGGUUAUAAUGUCUUUGUUGGUGGUGGUAUGGGUACCACACAUAACAAUAAGAAGACUUAUCCAAGGUUAGGCUCUUGUUUAGGUUAUGUCAAAACUGAAGACAUCAUUCCUCCAUUGGAAGGUAUUGUUAUUGUGCAGAGAGAUCAUGGUGAUCGUAAGGACCGUAAACAUGCUCGUUUAAAGUAUACUGUAGACGAUAUGGGUGUUGAAGGUUUCAAACAAAGAGUAGAAGAAUAUUGGGGUAAGAAAUUCGAAACCGAAAGACCUUUUGAAUUCAAGUCUAACAUCGAUUACUAUGGAUGGGUCAAAGAUGAAACUGGAUUAAACCACUUCACAGCAUUUAUUGAAAAUGGUAGAGUUGAAGAUACCCCAGACCUUCCACAAAAGACAGGUAUAAGGAAAGUUGCUGAGUACAUGCUUAAGACCAAUUCUGGUCACUUCAGGUUGACUGGUAAUCAACAUUUGGUUGUCUCUAAUAUUACAGACGAACAUAUUGAUGAAAUCAAAUCCAUUUUGAAGACUUACAAAUUGGACAACACUGAUUUCAGUGGGUUAAGAUUAUCCUCAUCUUCCUGUGUUGGUUUACCAACCUGUGGUUUAGCAUUUGCUGAAUCUGAACGUUUUCUUCCUGAUAUCAUUACUCAGUUGGAGGACUGCUUAGAAGAAUACGGGUUACGUCACGAUUCUAUUAUCAUGAGGAUGACUGGUUGUCCAAACGGUUGUUCUCGUCCAUGGUUAGGUGAAUUAGCCCUUAUUGGUAAGGCCCCACAUACUUAUAACUUGAUGCUUGGUGGUGGUUAUCUUGGUCAAAGAUUAAACAAAUUAUACAAGGCCAACUUGAAGGACGAAGAAAUCGUUGAUUUCAUCAAACCAUUAUUUAAAAGAUACGCUUUGGAAAGAGAAGAAGGUGAACACUUUGGUGAUUUCUGUAUCAGAGCAGGCAUCAUCAAACCAACUACAGAAGGUAAAUACUUCCAUGAGGACGUCUCUGAAGAUGCCUAUUAG